GGAGGGCGCCCUUGAAGAGCAGGCGGCCGCGGCGUCUGUUGUUGCUGCGGCGGGUGCUGCUGAGGGUGCUGCUGGCGCCGCCGCCUGAGGGACCGCCGCUGUCACCCAGGUUCCUCGCACGGUCUCGACGGGACAGACGCGACUGACUCAGGCGCGGCCCGGCAUCUGCUCCCGCGGCUCACUGGCGUCUUUUCCGAGAGGGCUACUUACAGCUGUGGAAGAACUGUAAUUGUGAUGUUUUAUGUUUGAACAAUGGCUGUGAACGAUAGCGUUAAUAUCUUGAACUCUGCUUAUCUGGCGGUGGAAUAUAUAGACUCUUUCUUGCCUGACAAUCCCCUGCAGCAACCGUUUAAAAAUGCCUGGAAUUACAUGCUGGAUAACUACACAAAGUUCCAGAUUGCAACCUGGGGAUCACUUAUAGUUCACGAGGCUUCAUACUUUUUGCUCUGUGUACCAGGAUUUGUCUUUCAGUUUAUACCAUACAUGAAAAAGUACAAAAUUCAGCAGGAUAAACCAGAAACAUGGGAAAAACAGUGGAAGUGCUUCAAAACGCUCAUCUUCAAUCACUUUUUCAUUCAGCUUCCUUUGAUUUGUGGCACCUAUUACUUCACAGAGUAUUUUAACAUCCCGUAUGAGUGGGAAGAGAUGCCUAGAUGGUAUGUUCUGGUAGCCCAGUGUUUUGGAUGUGCAGUGAUUGAGGAUGCCUGGCACUAUUUUCUGCACAGAUUGCUGCAUCACAAAAGAAUAUACAAGUAUAUCCAUAAGGUUCACCACGAGUUCGUCUCUCCAUUUGGAAUGCAAGCAGAAUAUGCACAUCCUCUGGAAACACUGAUCCUUGGAGCUGGCUUCUUUAUCGGAAUUGUUGUUUUCUGUAACCACAUGAUUCUUCUGUGGGCGUGGGUGUUAUGUCGCUUGAUGGAAACCAUUGAUGUACACAGUGGCUAUGAUGUUCCACUGAACCCUCUUCAUUUGGUGCCUUUCUAUGCCGGAGCCCGUUUUCAUGAUUUCCACCACAUGAACUUUAUUGGCAAUUAUGCGUCAACCUUCACGUGGUGGGACAGACUCUUUGGUACAGACUCUCAAUUCAUUGCCUAUACAGAAAAAGAGAAGAAGCAACAACUUUUAACCAAGAAGAAGGCUAACUAGAUUUCCAGUGUAAAAAUUCUGAUGCUAAUACUGGUAGGAAAUUUCUGCUUUUCUGUAAAGCAAAGUAGUGAUUGAGUGUCAAGCAUAAAUCUUGUUCCUUGGCUACUAAGUGGUAGGGAAAUGGCUAAUUACACUGCAGUAUCUUCCUAGUGGGAAUGUUUUCUAUUUUAUACCUGAGUACUGCAUAUAUUUUACCUACAGAUUUAAAGAUAAUGCAAAAACAAGUGAGAUGAUGUGUGUCUAUCUCUUUUUUUGGGUUGGGGCGGGUAGGGGAGAAAUCCAGUUUUCUUUGAUGUUGCCCACUUUGGAUCCAGAUAAAAAUGUAUAUGUACACCAAAAUCUGACUUAGUUUUUUUAAAAAUAUAUUCUUAAAUUUGUAAUAUCAAAUAGCAGAACAUAUAACUGUCAUCAGCACUGUAUUAUUUGAAUAUUGGGUAAACGUUGCUUAAAACCAAAACCUCUGUUUAUAAGAAGCCUUUUGCACACUGGAUAAUGACAGAAUACCUGGCUAAACGUGAGUUAGCAGAGACAUUCCAGAUCUAGAUUUAUGAUGUUAUUUUAGAUUACAGGUAAAAAGAAUAGAAAGUUUAUUUGAAUAAACUGUGGUUUUGCUGCUCUUUUGAAGUUGGUCUGUCAGUGUACUUAGCAUUUACAUUACAUUCUUUGUGUUGUAAUUUGCUGAACUGACUUUUGCUAUAUUUGCACUUGUGACUGAUGAAAUAAAUGUGGUUUGGUUUGA